UAUAUAUCAUAGGUUAGAAAAGUCAGCAUGUGUUGGAGUCACCGGCAGCGGCUCCACUUGUCAAAGUAAGAACAAGACAAUCACCUGCUCGGGCUCAGAAGUUCGCAGACUGAGAAGUCCGUGAAGGGAUGUGUUUUUUAUUUUUUUAAUUUAACCCGUGAGCCGCCGAAACGCCGACGUUUGAAGUUUGUAGCGCGUGCGAGCGCUUUGACUGAGCGCAACGGUCCAGCCUGCGUCGCUGCUGAUUAUUUUUAAUUGUACCGCUCUCAUUCAGCUGGACGCAGCAGCGGAUACUUAUGACAUUACGCACAGAGCGAGAACGGGGCUGCAAAUGGGCGGCAUAGGUGGCGACCUUUACCUCAGCAUGUUGAAUGGCACCGAAACGCAAACUUUCGGAAAGAGCACCGACCUCAGCAGCCACCUCCACCGCGGGGGCAAGGAUCUAGCGGAGCUGAAAAUGGGGAUCCAGGACACGAGGUUCUACUACCCGGACUCGGUCCAGAGCGCGCAGGACGCCCUGGCUCUGCAGUACCACUCGGACCAGACGGUGGGGGGGUUCGGCGCGCAGCCCGGCCGCUUUUACGCGCAGACCCUCGGCAACUGCCCGUACGGCGGCGUGCGGUCGCCGCCGAGGAGCGGAGCCCCCCAGGGCUACAUUUCGACGGCGGGAGACGGGUUUCACAGCGGCGGUAAAGACGUCUACUCCCCGUCCCCGGACGGUUUCCCUGGGAGCUUCCAGCACGGCUACCAGCGGCCGUCGCUCUACCCUCUACCUGGGCUACAGGUGUGCGGCAAGACGCAGGCUCUGCUCAAUAACUACCCGCUGUGGGCCAAGUUCCACAAGUUCCAAACCGAGAUGAUCAUCACCAAACAGGGGCGGAGAAUGUUCCCUUUUCUGAGCUUCAACAUGAGCGUUCUGGACCCGUCUGCUCACUACAACGUGUACGUGGACGUGGUUCUGGCCGAUCAGCACCACUGGAGGUACCAGGGCGGGAAGUGGGUCCAGUGCGGCAAAGCAGAGGGAAACAUGCCAGGGAACCGGAUGUACAUGCACCCGGACUCGCCCAACACCGGGGCCCACUGGAUGCGGCAGGAGGUGUCCUUCAGCAAGCUCAAGCUCACCAACAACAAGGGCAGCACCAACAACGUGGCGCAGAUGAUCGUGCUGCAGUCGCUGCACAAGUACCAGCCUCGUCUCCACAUCGUGGAGGUGAAGGAGGACGGCUCCGAGGACCCCUUCCUCUCGUCCAAAGCGCAGACUUUCGUCUUCCCAGAGACCCAGUUCAUCGCCGUCACCGCCUACCAGAACGCAGACAUCACUCAGCUGAAAAUAGACCAUAACCCCUUCGCGAAAGGUUUCCGUGACAACUACGACACGCUGUACGCUCCUCCCGACUCUGAUCGCCUCACCCCCUCCCCUACAGAGAGCCAGCAGCUGCUGCCAGGGAGCUGCUACCCCCAGAGCUACCUCCCCGAGCAGUACAUGAGUCCGCUGCCUCAGAGCCGCUUCUACAGCCGCGAGCCCAUCGCCGUGGGCCAGCAGCACAAAGACUCGCCCUGCAGCCCCGGCCCCCACAGCCGCUGGUACCUGCCGCCUCAGCAGAGCGUGGCCCCCAAUCGCCUCGAGUUCACGUCCACCUACGACGGGGACUUCUCCGGGAACGGGUUCUACAAGCCCUUCCCCCUGCAGACGUCCACGCACCACGCCCUCGGCUACUACCCCGAGCAUCCCUUCGCAUCCACCAGCGUGUCCGUAUCAGGGGCCCCCUCAGGAGGCUGGAGCACCAACAGGCCGACCCCCCAGUACCUCAGCCACCCCAACAAAGCUGGGCCCAGUCUGGGCUGGUUCAGACCCAUAUCAUCCUCUUCGUCCUCCUCCUCUUCCUCCAUGUCCCCCGGCAACCCCCGGCUGCACCCCCCCUCGCUGCUGGAGCCGCUGCAGGAAAAGACCAAAGACACGGUGGGGGUGGUGGGGGAGGACCCCUGGCUGGAGCCGCCCUCCGUCAAGUCGGCGGACUCCGCAGACUCGGGCCUGUUCGAGGGCAGCGUCGGGGACGGCAAGAGGAGGCGUGUGUCGCCCUACACGUCCAGCACGGAGAACUCCCCGCCCCCACGCGGCGGCGGCGGCGACGUGUGCGAGAAGGACAGCGACGCAGACUAUUACGGCUACUACGCCCACUGAAGGCCUCGCGCCUCCGCGGGGGGAGGGGGGGUCUCCGCCCCAGGUCACAGCGCGGCCGACGCCUCCACGACGUGUCAGUGUCAAACUAUUACAGGAGCAACUUUCAAGGUUACUGUCAAAGUUACUGUUGAACACGAGCGGAUGUGACUCGGACGCUGCCCUUGAGUCACACAGACACCAAACAAACACGCAGACCUGUGACUUGGGCCUUUGAAACAUCUGGAGACUUGAAAACAAACAUCUGCAUAUCUGCCCGCUGACAGACGCCUGCAGGGAUUGUCUGUUCUUUCUGCGUCAAACGCUCCCUUUGUCUCUUCUCUGUCUCUUCCUUCUCACACAUGCACUCGCUCGCCUUCAUUUCCCUCCAUCACUGUGAACUGAAAUUACAGAUUGAUUUAGCGCCCACUAGAGGUGAGAGGAGGCAGCGGGUCUGAGUGGAGCCUCAUAUAAAAGGGAGCGGAGUGCUGAUGUGAGGAACCCCUUGUUUGUAAUAAUGUGUGUGUAAAUCCACAGAACCAGCAGCGAUGCAGCAUAUCUCAACAGGACAAAUACCCACUUUAGUAUGAAGAUGGGUCAGAGUUUACACGCGAUACUUUUUAAAUUAUUAUAGACAAUAACAGAAAAUCAUUAAAAUGGUAGAUGGAACUAACAGGGUUAUAACUAAAAUAAUUAAGUAAGAAAGUGAUCAGCCCCGAACUGGAGUUUUCCCAGUUGUCAUGGAAACGAUCUGGUUCUACUCACAUCUGGAAAUCGUUUAUUUAUUUAUUUAUUUAUUUGCUUUUUUUCCAGGGGCAAUUUACGUUCGUCUGCAUCAGUGUAAUUGUCCCAGCGACGCAUUUUCAGGAGAGCAGAUGUUACACGAGCUCCUUUCGUGGCGUUUACCUCAGCUGGGUGUUCUGAGAAAUAACGACGAUCAUAUCAGUUUGUCCAAAAACAACAGGGAAGGCGUUUUACCUGGACGAUCGUCUGGUUCGUCUAACGUAAAGCUGUAACAUACAGCAUCAGGCAAAAUCAAGGUCAGCUCCCUAAUGAUGAGGUGAAAAAAGCUCAGUCAAUAGACAAAUAAAGCGCAGGAUCGAUACAAGCAUCAGCUGGAAAACAGUAUUGGCUUCAGGACACGUGGCAGCGUCAAACCCGUUGCAGUGUUCACAUCAGCGGCUCGCUUUCCCACUUAAAAGUGGGUCAUGCAUCACAGAACCCUCACCUGCACGUGAACGGACGACCUGUCACGUCCGGACGACAGCCACCAGGAAGCGGCGGACGGACAGACACGCUGAAUUUCCCCCCCAGUCGUCGGGCCUAUCAUGCGGUGACACCGGCUGACAGAGGCCCGGCUCCGGCCCGGUGACAGGAAUGAGGAGUGAGGCCGCAGUCGGCGCUGAUCAGAGAUCUGCUCCUCAUUCCUCACCAGGUGUGUUAAUGGCCUCAGACAAGCCCGGCGGCGACAGACAGGUGCCCGGGCUGCUCAGGUCUGCUGUUGGGAACGGACGCGCUCAUUACUCACGUGUCUCUAACGGUAAACACACGACGAGGCGAGCGUGAAACGUUUGGCUUUGUUUCUAUUUGCGGAAGUGCGGUGCUGAUUUUACGCAACUAUUGCAAAAGGACUGAGCCCAAUAUAGACAAUCACAAACACACGUCGGUGAUGCGAUUUAAAUGUGAAAAUUAAAAGGACUUAAUCUUAUGUUGGGAAUGAAAACGUCCACCGGGGCUCGUGGGCGGCAGGUGAGGUGAACAGUGGGCGGUUCCUGUUUCAAGUGCAAUUAAACGAAAGACGGCGUCGCGGGCGAGCGAGGAGGUCACGUGCGUGUUUAACGAGCCGUGCAGCUGCGUCACAGACGCCUCAGGAACGACCCCUGCUGGUUCGUGUCCGCUCCUGCAGCCACUAGAACCCACGCUUCCCUUCAGAGCGUCCCUCGGUGAGACUGCAUUAUUACUGUAUGAUAUGAAGCACGAGGCAGGAGAAGCAGCGUGGUAUUUUGUGUGUGCGCCGUUUAGUCAAGGGAAGAACAGUCCUCCUUUGAAGAGCUUAUACAUUGCAAUGCAGAAACAGAAGAUUUUGGAAAGGGAAAAGUGUUAUUUAUUAAUACUGGCUUAACUGUGUAAUGUAUUAUUGUUUUUUUAUUCAUGAAAUUAAAGCUUACAAGAUAAUGUCCCCA